AUGCAUGGAGAUUUCUUGAGGCUGGAAAUGUCAAUGCUCUCUGGUCUACUCCUUUAUGAAAUCUUGUCCCUCUUAAAAACCGUGAAAGGGGAGACAGAACACGUUGAGGGAUACCUUGAACUAUCAGCCAAGACAAAGACCUAUUUUACUACUGCUAUUUCACUCUGGGAUGCAGAUUUCUAUGUCAAAGUUGAUGACGAUGUGCAUGUAAAUAUAGGAGCGCUGGCGGCAACUCUAGCUAGACAUCGCUCAAAACCCAGUGUAUAUAUUGGUUGCAUGAAAUCUGGUCCUGUCCUUGUGCAGAAGGGAGUGAGAUAUCGUGAGCCUGAGCAUUGGAAAUUUGGUGACGACGGAAACAGGUAUUUCCGACAUGCAACAGGCCAACUGUAUGCCAUCUCAAAAGAUUUGGCCACCUAUAUAUCUAUAAACAGGCACAUUCUACAUAAGUAUGCUAACGAGGAUGUAACAGUGGGAUCGUGGUUCAUUGGAUUGGAUGUGGAACAUAUAGAUGACCGUAAAUUGUGUUGUGGAACUCCACCUGGUAACAACUUCCAACUCCCUAUUUCUCAGAUGCAUGGUAUUUGCAAGUCUGUAGAGAGGAUUAAGGAGGUUCAUCGCCGUUGUGCGGAAGGCGAUAAUGCUUUGUGGAGCGCCGCCUUCUGA